UCGAAGAGCUUCACGUUGUUAGAAGGUGAAGGUCAUUGUCAGGUGCCCUUUGGAACACCUCGGGCAAACAGUUCAACGAACAUGGAUGUGCUUUCACUUUCCCUUGAACCUGUUGCACUUUUAACUGCAUUAAUUCUCGCUCUCUCGAUUUUUUACUUCUUUUCGUACAGGAAAAGACUGCAAAAUAACAAAUAUCCCCCAUCAUAUGAAGGUUGGAUUCCGUGGUUAGGAUGUGCUUUUGAGUUCGGGGUAGCACCACUAGGUUUUAUAGAGAAAAAGAGGAGGGAGCUUGGUCCUAUAUUCACACUUGGAGUGGCUGGCGAGAGGCUGACAUUUCUGACAGAGAAUGAGGACUUCUAUCAUUUCUUUCAGUCUUCUAAUGUUGACUUCCAGAGAGCGGUCCAGGACUCUGUCCAAAAUGUGGCUUCUGUCAGUGAGGAAUCUUUCAUGCAAAACCACACCAAGAUUCAUGAUAUGUUGAAGGGACGGCUAGCAUCUUCACGCCUGAGUGAAGUCACACCUCAUUUGCUUCAGCAGUUUAAGGAGAGGAUACUCACUGUAUUUGGUCCAGAAGGGGAGAGUGAUCUGUUCAACUUAGUCAGGAAAACUAUGUAUGCUGGUGUUAUAAACAACUUGUUUGGUGACAAUACACUCCCAACAGAGGAAGCAGAGGAAUUUGAAAGGCUCUGUAAACAUUUUGUUAUAUUUGAUGAACAGUUUGAGUAUGGAGCAAGGUUACCUCCAGUGUUUAUCAGAGACUGGUCUACAGCUAAACAGUAUCUUCUGUCAAAGUUCAGAGCCGUAGUUACCAAGUUAGAGAGUCAGGGAAAAAACAACAAUCAGACAGUUUUACAGACAUUGAUCAGCAUAACUGACAGACCUCAUGCUCCAAAUUACGCACUUCUGCUGCUCUGGGCCUCACUGGCUAAUGCUGUCCCUCUGACAUUUUGGGCACUGUGCCUGAUUCUCAGUAACAAGACAGUUCUACAGAAACUUCAGUCACAGAUCGACGACACACUGGGAAAUAUUCCAGAGGAGCAGUGGGACUUUAGUGAGGAGUUUCUUAAGAAGAUGCCGUAUUUGAGGAACUGUAUAUUGGAGGCGAUACGUUUACAUCCUGUAGGAGUUAUAACUCGAAGAGUGAUGACAUCAUUUACUGUCAGGGAUUACACAAUACCUAAAGGAGACAUGCUGAUGGUGUCUCCGUACUGGAGUCACAGAAAUCCAAAGUAUUUCCCUCAUCCACAUACAUACAAUCCAGACCGCUGGCAGACUUCAGAGCUUGAGAAGAAUUUGUUCCUGGACGGUUUUAUUGCCUUUGGGGGUGGGCGUUACCAGUGUCCUGGGAGGUGGUAUGCCCAGAUGGAGCUACAAAUGUUUGUUGCACUGUUUUUGUACAAGUUUGAUGUCGAGGUUUUAUCAGAGCAUAUUCCUAAACCUAGCCUGAAGCAUGUUGUUGGGACACAACAGCCAUCAGAACCAUUCCUCGUCUCCUACAAAAUAAGGACUCCCUAAUCCAGGAAGGUACACUGCAUGUCAAAACUGAAAUUCUUUUUUAUUUAUUUUUUUUUCAUCUCAAUAGAAGCAUUGCCUCAUUUUGUACAUUAUAUACUUAUAAAGACAAAAAAAUGUACAUUCUGUUGAUAUAUUGGAUUGAAAUAGAAU